UUUAUUGGCCCGAUUCAACACCACUACGUCAUCAAUGGAACAAGUUGGCGCGUGAGGUUAGACGCUGGUAUCACGCGGCACGAGCGCACGCGCUGAAGCAGACGAGAUCAUUGCGAGCAGACGACAACUGAGAAUGGAUUGGUCGCUAGACUGGCCGAAUGGGCUCCGGAAUCUGCCAUGGUACCGACCCAUGGAUUACGCGAUGGGCUCUCUCCUCUCUCAGUCGCCUUUCCUCCCAACGAUGACGAUACAGCACCCCGGGCUAGCUGCGUCCCUGCUUCCAAAGCUCCAGCAUGGGCUUGGGCGUGGUCCAAUGACCCCCUCGGACAUGAUGUCGCACCACGACCCCUUCAGACCCCUACGUGGGAUGGAACCCCCCGACAUUGAGGUCAACGAUGACCCCAAAGUAGAGCUAGAAAGCAAAGAAUUGUGGGAGAGCUUCCACAAACUCGGCACGGAGAUGGUUAUAACAAAAUCUGGCAGACGAAUGUUCCCACCGUUCAAGGUGAAGGUCUCAGGGUUAGACAAAAAGGCAAAGUACAUAUUGCUAAUGGACACUGUUGCCGUCGACGACUGCCGCUACAAAUUCCACAACAGCAAAUGGAUGGUGGCCGGGAAAGCUGACCCCGAGAUGCCCAAGAGGAUGUACAUCCACCCCGACUCCCCCAGCACCGGGGAACAGUGGAUGCAGAAGGUCGUCUCCUUCCACAAGCUGAAGCUCACAAACAACAUUUCCGAUAAACACGGAUUUACAGGGCUGGACUACUUUCAAACGAUCCUAAACUCCAUGCACAAGUAUCAGCCACGGUUUCAUCUAGUCCGAGCCAACGACAUACUCAAACUCCCAUACAGCGCCUUUCGAACCUACGUGUUCAAGGAAACGGAGUUCAUAGCCGUAACAGCAUAUCAAAACGAAAAGAUAACACAGCUGAAGAUCGACCAUAAUCCGUUCGCUAAAGGCUUUCGAGACACAGGAGGAGGAAAAAGAGAGAAAAAUUUUUCUAUUUCUAGAAGACUACUCCUGGGAAGCUCACAAAGCACCUCCGGCGUACACAGCGAGCAGAAACCGGAAGUAAUUCACAAUGGCAGUGAUGACGAAGAAGCCGAAAACGAGGUUAUCGUUGUCGUGGAGACUGACGAUAUGGCAGCGCCCGUAAUAGCAACAGAAGGCCGUGUGUCACCGGAAAUGUUACCAGAGUCCAAAACUUCCGAGUCGGCAGACUUCAAGAAUUCCGUUUCCGUUGAUGUUCCACCGGACCCAAAGAUCGACAAAGAUCAUUCUGAAGUUCAAGGUGAAGUUCAAGGUGAAAGUCAAGUUGAAGAUCAGGGUCAUGAUAGUGAAACAUCAGCCGUUAAUGUCACCGAUGACAAGGCCAAAUGUACAGAUGACGAAGGCGAGGAAGAGAUUGAUGUCAGUGACGAUAGAGAUUCCGCUCAGUACCACAAUGUCUCACAUUCAGAGGAUGACGCUUCGUCCAACAACGACCAUUUACGCACGGAACCUGUGACGGACGACGAAGGUCGAGAUGAAGCCAAGGACGAACUAAGUUCAAGGCCGGAUUACCGAACAUCUGACACUGAAAAGCGUUCAGAUGGUGAGAGAUCAGACUCGGACAGUGAACAUGUGAAAGAAAUGGUUGUUGAACGUGAGAAGUCCUUCUUCAAAGAGCACACUAGUCCCCCGAACGUGACAGUGAUUCAGCCAUCUGUGUCUCACCCAAUGUUCCCUUAUCUCUGCCCAUCGGGUUACCCCUCAUCCACAUCGGGCCUGCAUUACCCAAUCAACCCUGUGCUAUUCAACACAUCAUCCUUAUCCCACGGGUCUCUUCCGGUAUCCCUUCUCCAUCACUCGGGUCACAACAUGUCCCCAAUUCCAACCUCCCAUCUCCAUGGCCCGGGGAUUGGGUCGUCUAACCACUUGGGGGGUUCUCACGGCCUCCUCCAGAACUCCAACCUCCUCCCCCAAGGAUACCCCUCCCUGGGCCUUCCCGGGACGUCGCUGUCCCACCUCGCAGGAUCUCACCACCUCAGUUCUCUUUUCGCUUCUCGAAGCGCGGGCCACAGAUUCAACCCCUACGCAAUACCCCUGACAAAGACCACCAUGGCCUCUGCAGGGUCCCCCAUCACCUCACCUUGUGCUCCCCUGGGGGGUGGGGAACCAUCUUCUCGGGGCAUCACCCAUUCAGUAUCAUCAAUGUGUCAAAGUCCACCCUCAAGGAAAAGUCCACUCCAAAGCAUAGCAGUGACUCACGCCAAUCCUCACAGUGAACUGAAAAGCAUAGAAAAAAUGCUGAAUGGUCUUGAUAGAAGGCAGGCACAUCGCGAAUCGGACCUCCGGCUAGACAAAUAGCGCAGCCUGCUCAGUACUUGUGACUUUUAUUGACGGGUAUGCCAAUGUAGAGAAACAGGAAUUGUGAACAGUUUAUCUACAAAUGAGAUUGACCUUCUCAAAUUCGAAAUGGCCAAAAUAUGUAUAUGUGCACGUGAACUGAUGACGUCAUCAUUAUAUGUGAAGUGAAAUUGACACUGCCAUGUGUAGUAUUGUGCUGAAUGUCGACAUUCAAAUUUGUCGAAAUGACGUCAUGUGGUUGUUGCUAUGACACGGACGACACAUAGUUUAAACUCUGUUCUUUUUUCUUCAAUCUAAAAUUUGACAUGAAAAUCGUUUUUGCUGUUGUAGAACAAUUUGUGAUUGGGCAAAUGUGCAAAAGACAAAUCUGUGAUGCUUGCGACUUGGUCAUGACGGAAAUGACCGGACACUGACGGAAUUGGCCGAGUUUAUUCGACAGGUCGCUAAUAAAUGUUUUGAUCUCUGUGGCCGAAAGUAGAUUAGUUUAGAAGCAAACUACUGUUUCCAACAGCGGCAACUGAAUCUGUUCUGUUGACAUAUUGUCAAAAACAGACUUUGCCAUAGUGUUAGUUAGAACCUUUGGCGUAUUUUUUUCAAAUAUAGUGCUGUGUAAUUAUGGUAACAUUGGCACAAAGAGGGGAUCAUUAAAAUGAAAGCAGGGCUUCUAUAAUCGCUCCAUUAAAUGUUCCGAUCAACUUUUAGCCUUUUUUAAAAGGAAUUAUUGAGUACACGUUGGGUUCAUCCUGUCUGUAACGCUAUUAGCUAUAAUUAGUCAGUAACACUGCCAGAACAAAUGCCCAAUGACAGAAAUAAUCCCCUGUGUCUUCCUCAAAGACCAAGUAAGGCUUGUUAUCCUUCCAAUAUUUUCCAGUGUUAUCAAUGUUCCAGUUUGGCAAUUGUUCUGGAAAUUAUAUGACUUUAUUUUUAUUCAAAGUGCCCGUUUACGAAUAUUCAUUGUGAUCUGAUUUUGUAUUUCCAAAUUUAGAACUGGGAAAACAUUAGGGAUAACUGCAUUUAUUAUUUUGAAUAGUUCAGUGUUUUCUCGUACUCUCAGUGUUCUCCAGAUGUCCAAACGUGUCAAUAUAACGUCAUUACACUAUCCAUAAAUUGACACUCAGUAUUUGGUUUGAUAAAAUCCAUAUUCGAUAUAGUACUCGAUGAAUCCUAUACCGCCAACUGGGCGGAAUGUGUAUGUAUGAAAGGCUACUAUUUAUUUGAUAUGUUAUGUAUGGAUAAAGUGACUAUCUCUCGUAUCUACGGGAGUCGUGUCAUCAGUUCUCAUCAGUUGACCACUGGACCGAGUCAGUUAAACGCACGUUCUGUCGCAUAGAAUGUUAGACCCAUAGAACCAGACGUUGCAGCGAUGGAAAUAAAUUAUAGGCAUAACCAAGCAUUACAGUCGAUUGGAAUCAGUACAUGUCAUUUAGUAUAUUCUUGAUAUUGCUGUUUCCGUGAUUCAGGUAUAUGCUUCUUUAAGUGUAUGCUCCAUUGAGGUAUAUGCUUCUUUAAGUGUAUGCUCCAUUGAGGUAUAUGCUUCUUUAAGUGUAUGCUCCAUUGAGGUAUAUGCUUCUUUAAGUGUAUGCUCCAUUUAGGUAUACGCUUCUUUAAGUGUAUGCUCCAUUUAGGUAUAUGCUUCAUUUAAGUGUAUGCUCCAUUCAGGUAUAUGCUUCAUUAGGUGUAUGGCUAUACCAAUGGAUCGAUCCUGCAGUUAUAAAAUGUUACUAGUAUUUAUUCCGAGGGACAUAUUUAACAAUUAUGGACAAACGGACCUAAAAAUGCACAUAUUAUCAGACAUUAUAUAAGUGGUCAACAAUGAUAUUUAUGACACGACCCCCAAGGCGGAUAAUGUUUUCCAAGAUCUCCAAUAUCUAUGAUCCCGUAGUUAUCAAAGCGACUCCUUCUUAAGUAUGGCAACACCCUAAAAUACAACGUCUUUUCAGAUUAUCCUGAAUGUUUAAUGAAGAUGAGUAAAUGGUAUUAGAUUUUUUAUGAACUGGCCGCCAAGGCAAACCAGCUGAACAUUGUUAAUUAACUAAGGGCUCUAUUAACUAAUUUGAAAAAUAUUUACAAAGAGGUGUGUGCUAUCCUUAAGAAAUUAAGGACGAGGUUAACCUGCCAAAGGGAUCCGCAAAAUGAACUCUAUGUUGUAGUUCGACUGCAGAAUGUGUGUAAAUACCGUAAUGAAUGUAAAGUACAUCUUGAUUAAAGUCAAACGAACUGAGUAACCAAA